UCUAGAAGCAGAUUGUUGAUUUUUUGCGCGGAGCCGCACGCGUUUCUGAAAUAAUUUGUAAAUUCUGACUUGCCGUGUGGCCCGGCAAAAUAUAUUUUUUAUUCGAUCGUAACACUAGCUCGCCCAAAUCCGAAAUUCACGUGUGUCCACCUGCAGGAGCAGCCAAUUCACAGUAUUGAACUGAAAACACUGCCCCACCGCCCUCCCGCAAAAUGUCACAGUCGCCGCGAGGCGGGUCCGCCUCCAAGGACUCCAAGUACGACCUGAGCAAGAUUUCCGCUCGCGUGGAUCGGGUCAAUGUCAGUGGACUGCAGCGCACCCAGAACGACUACGUGAUGCGGGCCGCCGAUGGCCUCUUCAAGGCCAACAACUUCCAGGACCUCAUGGUGGAGGCCAUGUCCACCAAGUCGUACCUGCACGAGCUGGGCAUCUUCAAGGACGUUAGUGUCCACAUCGACAUUAGCCGAGGCGCCGAUGCCACGCCCCAGGGCUACGAGGUCACAUUCAAGGGCAAUGAGUAUACGCGUCUGAUGGGAUCCGCAGGCACGGAGAUUGGCCAGAACGAAGGAUCUCUCCGCACCGAGCUAACCAUCCCGAAUAUCCUGGGCCGCGGGGAGAGCGUUUCCUUGCAAGGAAGCUACAGCAGCAACCGGGCCCAUGACUUGCAGUUGAAGUUCUGGAAACCAUUCUUCCACACACGUUUUAGGGAAAAUCGACCAGAAUUAUCCUUUAGCCUCUUUAGGCAGACUGAUAGGUAUGAUAUCAGCUCAUUCCAGACCACAAAUCUGGGCUACUUGGUGGACUUUUCAGCCCACACGAUGCUGGGAGUGGAUUUGACCCACUCACUGCAGUACGAGAACUCCAUCAGGGAUGUUAGCCUUCUGAACAAAUCGGUGCCCUUCGCCAUCCGUGACCACUGCGGCCCGAAGCUGGCCUCGCUGCUGCGCUACUCCGUCACGUUUGACAACCGGGACAGCAAUGUGUUCCCCACCCACGGAGUGCUGCUGAGAUCCGUCAACGAGUACUGCGGCCUGGGCGGCAACAUUGCCUACACCAGCAGCACGGCCCACGGAGAGGUGAACGUGCCCCUGUUUGCCGGACUGGUGGCCCAGUUCUGCGGACGUGUCGGCGUCGUCAAGGAGACCAAGAACACCACCCAACUGCCCAUCAACUCGCUGUUCUACUGCGGCGGCCCCCUGACUCUGCGAGGAUUCAAGUUCGGUGGAGCUGGACCCGUGAUCGAUGGCACACCCAUUGGAGCGCAGACCUUCUGGUGCACGGGUGCGCAUUUGUGGGCACCCCUGCCCUUCGCUGGCGUCUUCAAGAACCUGGCCAGUCACUUCAGAAUGCAUUUCUUCUACAACCUGGGCAACAGCAACACCUUCAGCACAGAAAAUAUGCGAAGUGCCUUUGGCGUGGGACUGGCUGUCAAGUUGGCGGAACGAGCACGCAUCGAGCUGAACUACUGCGUUCCUGUGCGUCGCCAGACCUCCGAUAACGCCAUCAAUGGUUUCCAGUUCGGCAUUGGCUACGAGUUCGUCUAAGAUUCCAAUUGAGUGGAUCAGUCCUAGCAGAGCCAUGAGAGUCACAAUAGCCCCCUCCACCACUGCAACCCAUUAUUUUGGAGCUUUUGUUCUGUAUUUCUUUGUCAAUGCAUUUGAUUUUCCUCAGAAAAUGUAUGUUAUUGUAGUCCCAGCAAUCAUUUAAGUAGUUCCUAAGGCGUGUACAUACUUAAAACGAAAAAAAUGUUUCAAAAAAACAUUAA